ACCAAAUGAAUGCUCUGGACGAAUAUAAUGAUACUGGAAUUAACACAAAUUUAAAGCAAAAAAUCAAAGGGGAUAUUGAUAAAAUGUGCUGGGGCCAUUUUUAUAUUAAGAGCUCUUCGGCAAACAACCAUGCAGUAUUACAUCUUAAGCAAAAACAGACUAAUGAAAAGAAAAUUACACUUUAUGGAGGAUUCGAUGAGGAGGAGAUGGGAGAGUGGUGGAAGAAGCAUAAUUCCGUUUUGCUAACAAUGAGUAAAUGGCAGAAGGAUCAAAUUGAAGACAUCACCGGCAAAAUUCCACUCUUCUUAAACGUUUUGCUAGAAUCUAGUCAUAAAAAUUUU